ACUUAUAAAAAUGUUGAAAAGGAUACCAUUGAAGCUCUUUAUAAGUUUCCUAUUUUUGAAGCCGCGGCCGUCUGCGGAUUUGAAGCGGAAAUUGAUGGACAAAGAAAAGUAAAGGGUAUCGUUAAAGAAGCAAAAGAGGCCGCUAAAGAAUACACAGAAGCAAUUCAGCAAGGACAUGGUGCUUAUUUGUUAGAAUCCGAGUCAGAAGACAUAUUUCAAUGUUCUGUUGGAAAUGUUGCAUCCGGGCAAACCGUAGUCUUAAAGAUAACAUACGUUACCGAACUUAAACAUGAUUCUGAAACCGAAAAAAUUCGAUUUGUUCUUCCAACUCACAUCGCACCAAGAUAUGGUUCAUCAUCGUCGUCAGCAUCACAUGAUGGGAAAAUACUUGAGGCUGAUGCUGUAUCUUAUUGUAAUAAAGUUGAUUAUUAUCUAGAUCUUACAGUUACUUGCAGAAUGACUUCAAUUAUUCAAAAUAUUGAAUCACCUUCACAUAAGAUUUCGACUGAAAUGAAUAUCGAUGAAAACCCUAAAAUCUCUAAAAUUACAUUGGCCGAACAGAUUACUUAUUUAGAAAAAGAUUUCAUACUUGUGGUUAAGAGCAAAGAUCUUGAUCAACCUCGAGCUUUCGUUGAAUAUAAUCCCGAAACAGAAACCAAAUGUGUUAUGUUAACAUUGAUCCCGAAAUUCGCGUUAAAUACAACCAUGACCGAGUUAGUUUUCGUCGUUGAUAGGUCAGGAUCUAUGAGCGACGAACCUAUGAAAAAGGCUGCGCAGGCACUUGAAUUGUUAUUACGUUCGCUGCCUGAAGAUUGUUACUUUAAUGUGGUAUCUUUUGGAUCUCAUCACGAUUCUCUUUUUCCAAAAAGUCAACUUUAUUCCGAAACAUCAUUAUCUCAGGCUAUUAAACUUGCUCAAUCUAUGACCUCAGAUUAUGGUGGAACGGAAAUUCAUGGAGUAUUAAAAUGGGUUUUCGAGAAUUCAAGAGAUGAUAUGCCAACUUCUGUAUUUCUCAUUACAGACGGGGAAGUCUAUAAUGUCGAACAAAUUGUAGAACUUGUACGUGAAAAGGAAGAAAAAAAGAAGGAUGAUUUGCGUCUUUUUUCAUUAGGAAUUGGUGAUUCUGUUUCUCAUAAUUUAGUCGAAUCUGUUGCUCGUGCUGGUAGGGGAUAUGCCCAAUUUGUAACAACCAAUGAAAGGAUGGAUAAAAAAGUUAUUGGAAUGUUGAGGAAUGCAUUAAAACCACCGAUCAAAGAUUAUAAAAUUACUUGGACUGACGUUGAUUUCUCGGAAUCAACCGAGAAGGAAGUUAUUUCGAUGGCGGAAGAUAAGCCUGUUGUUAGCUUAUAUAGCGACAAGACGGAACCUCCGCCAUCACCUCCAAGUAAUAUCUUUACAGAUAUAAAGAUUCGACAAGCUCCAUAUUUAAUUCCACCUAUUUAUCCUGGCGCUCGCUUCGUUGUAUAUUGCAUUUUGGAAAAAAAUAUUGAACCGCGUCAAGUUAUCAUUUUAAAUGCCACUUCUCAAGAUGGUCCUAUGAAGCUUGAUAUCUCUUUGGAUCCCGUUACUUUGCAAGGUCUUAGGAUCCAUAGAUUAGCAGCAAGAAAACUUAUUCAAGAUCUUGAUGAUGAAAAAUCAUUUCUUCAUAAACAUCCUAAAAAUUCUGGUAAACAUAUUCCGGCUUCAUUGGUUAAAGAACAUAUUGUUAACCUUGUUGUAUCUGAAGCUCAGACAAUCUCGCAGAAAAGACAAGUUCCUCAUCAAUAUAGUAUUCUUCAAUCUUCGGUGUUAAAGUCAUUGCAAAGUAUUUCGCCGCCACUUUCAAAGCUGUCAUGUAUGCAAGAGGAGACAACGACAAUUUCAAUGAGUGCGUUCGACAAUCGAAAAAUUGUAGUCGAACAUAGAGAACCACAUACUGAAAAUCUAUAUGAAUUUUUAAGUCUACAAUCAUUUGAUGAAAUCAAAAGAGAAGGUGAUAUUGAAGAAUUUAAAGAAAAAUUAACUACUUGUAUUGCUAUAGCUUAUCUUGAAGUUGUUUUAUUUGAAAAAUUUAAGGAUGAAUGUGAAAUGUGUCAUGAAAAGGCUGUAAAUGCUUUAAAGAAAAUGGUUGGAGAUGAAGAGAAAGAAAAAAUUAUUAUUGAUAAAGCUAAAGAAUGGAUUAAAAAUUGGGUGGGUGAAAAGAAAGAUAUGUUUGAUAAAGCUAGUAAAUGGGUUAAAAGUUUGGUGGGUUUAAUCGCUAUAAUUAUUAUUCUCCUUCAAACGAUCAAUUCAAUAAUUUGUCAUAGAAAUUUUGGAAAUAAUUUGGGAUUUUAUUUGAAAUACCAAGAGUUCACUUCAGAAUUUGAAUCUUGCGAUGGUCUCCCGAUUCAAAAGAUAUCGAAUGAGGAAAAAUUGCGAACAGAUUUUACCGUUGGUAAAGAAGUCAAUUUUGCCGGUUCUGGAAGCAUGGAAGAGAAACUUAAUAAGGCGAGCAAUAACCCUGACCUU